AUGCCUCAGUCCACUUCUUCACGUGCUCCCAAUGCGGCAGCACAACGUCCACCCUCAAGUCCGCCACAGAAGUACCUUGAACUUCGUCCAAAAGAUGGACGCUUUUUGAUCAAAAUCCCUAAUAGCCACUCUGACUUCAAGCGCCGAAAGCAUGCCCUCUCCCAGAAGAACCAGCGGGAUCGGCUAAAGAUUGCCUUCGAUCAGAUGGCCCAUGUACUUAGCGCAAGUGGCGUGGACGGCGGGCGAAAAAGGGGACUGUGCACUAAGGUGGAGCUCAUCGAAACCGCAGUGGAAUAUAUCCAGCACUUACAGACCAAGUUAAGUGAGCAUCGAUCAUAA